CAACCUAAGAUGGCGGCCGGGCGGAGGGACGGAAGGUUGCUGUGCUGAGGUGAGGGGUGUUUCGCCGGGCGCCGCCGGCCCUGCAGGGCUUCUCCCCCCGGGGGGCCGCCCUCGCCCCAUCCCCCUGCCCCGGGCCGCUCUGGGGACGUGGAGGAGCAGCCGGUCCAUGGCCAGGAGGUGGCCGGUGCGGUCGCCGCGGCCCCCGUCGCCAUGGACCUGCGCACGGCUGUGUACAACGCGGCCCGCGAUGGGAAGCUGAAGCUGCUGCAGAAGCUGCUGGGCAGCCGGAGUCGGGAGGAGUUGGAGGCGUUGACCGCAGGGCCCGGAGGGGGUGACGGCCCCGGGGGAGGCAGCACCCCUCUGCUGAUCGCCGCCCGGCACGGGCACCUGGAGGUGGUGGAAUACCUGCUGGAUCACUGCGGAGCCCGGGUGGAGGAGGGAGGCUCGGUCAACUUCGAUGGGGAGACCAUCGAGGGGGCUCCCCCCCUCUGGGCAGCCUCGGCCGCCGGGCACCUGGGGGUGGUGCGGAGCCUCCUGGAUCACGGCGCCUCGGUGAAUCAGACCACGCUGACCAACUCCACCCCGCUGCGGGCUGCUUGCUUCGACGGGCACCUGGAGAUCGUGCGCUACUUAGUCGGGGAGCGAGGGGCAGACCUGGAGGUAGCGAACCGGCACGGACACACUUGUUUGAUGAUUUCUUGCUACAAAGGGCACCGGGAAAUUGCACGUUACUUGCUAGAGAAGGGGGCUGAUGUCAACCGGCGCAGUGUGAAGGGGAACACGGCCCUGCAUGACUGCGCUGAGUCCGGCAGCCUGGAGAUCCUGCAGCUCCUGCUCCGCUCCAAAGCCCGCAUGGAGAAGGAUGGCUAUGGCAUGACUCCUCUGCUAGCUGCCAGCGUCACCGGUCACACCAACAUCGUGGAGUACCUGAUCCAGGGAGGGCUGCAGCAGGAGGACGAGGAGGUUGCAGGGAGCCAAAGCGGGACCUGCGCCUCAGGCGGGAGCCGUCGGAGGCGUUGCAGCACGAGCAAGGAAGCUCCUCAGGGCCGCAGUGAAGAGGUGUGUGAGCAGUGCUGUGCCUCAGCUUCCAGUCAGGAUGAGCAGCAGGUCCCUAAUGUGUUCUGCACUCGGGAAGCUGCUGUGGAAGCACUGGAGUUGCUGGGUGCUACGUUUGUGGAUAAGAAACGUGACCUUCUGGGAGCCCACAAGUACUGGCGAAGGGCGAUGGAGCUUCGGUGUGAGGGGGGGCAGUACCUGCCUAAACCUGAGCCCCAGCAGCUGGUGUUGGCCUACGACUAUUCCCGGGAAGUGAGUUCACUGGAGGAACUGGAAGCUUUGAUCACUGAUCCGGAUGAGAUGAGGAUGCAGGCACUGCUGAUCAGAGAGCGGAUCCUGGGCCCGUCCCACCCGGACACCUCCUAUUACAUCCGAUACCGAGGGGCCGUCUACGCUGACUCCGGCAACUUCGAACGCUGCAUUAACCUCUGGAAGUAUGCUCUGGACAUGCAGCAAGGCAACCUGGAGCCUCUCAGCCCGAUGACUGCCAGCAGUUUCCUUUCCUUUGCUGAGCUUUUCUCUUACGUGCUUCAGGACCGCUCCAAAGGCACUUUAGCUACUCACUUGGGUUUCUCUGACCUCAUGGGAGUACUGAGCAAAGGGGUCCGGGAGGUGGAGAGGGCACUCGUGCACGGCAAGGACCCCGUGGUUGACUCAGCACAGUUCACCAAGACACUGGCCAUUAUCCUCCACCUGGUCUUCUUGCUGGAAAAAGUGGAGUGCACCCCAGAGCAGGAACACCAGAAACGUCAGACCAUCUACCGCUUGCUAAAGUGCAGCCCCCGGGCCAAGAAUGGCUUCACUCCUUUGCAUAUGGCUGUGGACAAAGACACCACAACUGUGGGACGUUACCCCGUGGGCAAGUUCCCCUCUCUCCACGUUGUGAAUUUGCUUCUGGAGUGUGGGGCUGACCCAGACAGUCGUGACUAUGACAACAACACCCCGCUACACGUUGCCGCCCGCAACAACUGCCCGCUGAUCAUGAGCGCCCUGAUGGAGGCUGGAGCCCAUAUGGACGCCACUAAUGCCUUCAAGCAGACUGCUUAUGAGCUGCUGGAUGAGAAGCUGCUCACCAAGAGCACGAUGCAGCCCUUCAACUACAUCACCCUCCAGUGCCUUGCUGCUCGCGCCCUGGACAAGCACAAGAUACCCUACAAGGGUUUCAUCCCCGAGGAGCUGGAAGCCUUCAUUGAACUGCACUAGGGUGGGAGAGCUGAAGGUCCCCAGCCUUUCCCCUCCCCUGUCUCACCCCCCAGAGGUAGUGCAGCCUGAGAGCCAUCCUUACCUGGGUGCUGAAGGCCAUCACUGCGUGCUUUGUCCUCGUCUGUCACCAUCAAGCUGGCGUGUGCAGGGGUAGGGGAGGAGAGGGCUUGAGAGUUGUCCCUCACUGUUGUCAUCUUCAGGUACCAGAUACCUCCAGCGCAGAGAAGGCUGCAGCCCCUGCCCUUUCCCAUGCCAACCAUCUUGUCCUGAGAAGGAAAAUGGAGAUCCCUGGGACCUGCUGCCUCUCCCAUUAGUGCAGGAUUAAUUCAGCGUUAAGCUUUGGAGCAGCUACACAUCACACAUGUGCUCUACCCCUUCCCAUCCACAGUACUGAACAGCUAGGAAUGCAAGUGAGGAAUAAAAUAAUAAUCUUCCUACUAAUUCUUUCCCCAUUCCCUUCUCAGAUUUGGUCCAGUACAAGUUGAACAGCUGAGUGGCUCGUGCUCUGCUGAGGUGGUUGCCUUGCCUAGCAGUAGGGCUGGGUAUGCUGAGGAGGGAUUUUUUUUUUUAUUUCUGCCUUGGUUGGCCAAGUAGCAAGUGGUGUUAAAGGCCUGAGAUGUCAAUGACUGUGUAUAAAGCUGGGUUAUUUUUUCUCUUUUAGAGCCAGGCCCUAUCUAUGCUGCAAGACUUCUUCAAUCCUGUAAGAUAUAGUAAGGUCAGUUCUGGUUAUAUAGUUUUAUUGGUAGAUGUUGGGUUUUAUGGAUGGGGAGGAAAAACUGCUACCUUUAAAACAAAAUAAUAACAUGGAGUUCAGACCCUUAGCUUGCCCAGGUUCACUCCCUUCCCUGUGCUGAGCUUCUUUAGCCCCAGAAGUCAGCAGGGACUGAGCAGUACAGGGUGGAUGUGGCCAGGCUUGAGCCAAACCAGCACGCUGGGAACCAUCUCUGAGGAUGUGCUCCUGCAAGCCCUCUAGGAUGGGAGGUACUUGAAGCGUGGGUGGUGCUUGGAGGGUUAUUAAAGCAAGUGAGUGGUCGUGGCAUGUUUUCAGGAGGGUGUUCUGAAGGAAGAAAGAAAUGAAAGUUAAAGGUGCCUUCUGUUUCUCCUGAGGUUUAUUGGUAUCAACCCAGUGGGCUCUGUUAAUUAUCCCCUUCUGAAAACCAACCUGAAGUGGGUUGUUAGCAUCUGGUUUUGGCUUUUGAUUCUUUUCACAACUUCACUGAGGAUGGUGCUACUUCAGAGAUUGAAUUUGAAAUCUCAUUUGGCUGCUGUUUGGGCAAGCUCCCUCCUUUCAUUUAGGAUCUGCACACAACUUGUUUUCCUUUUUUUUUUUAUUUUUUAUUUUCCUCUUGAAAUCUGUUGUCUCAGGGUAGUUAUUUGCCUCUAGCAGCAGAACCCUCCUUGGUGGUAAACAGUCAAUGUUGGUAAAGGUGAUGCUGUUCCAGCAGUUUAUCUUCUUGCAGGGGGAGUGUCUGGGCUCUGGCAGGCAGUGGCUCAUUUCUUGGCCCCAGGCAGAGUGGAAGGCACAGUUGGGGGUGAAGCAGCUGCCUCUGAGCUUUGGGAAAGGUCAAGACUGGGAGAGCAGAACCCUGAUAAACAGCCAUGCACUCUAUGCUACUGAAGCUUCUCUACUUGUAUUUAUAAGCCAGCACAUCCAUUUGCUUCAAUAACCCAAUGUUCUCUGCCCCCUUGAAGAUAUUAUAGAUCUGCCAUUACAUUUUUGCAGUGUUAACUAUAACAUUUAUUUAUAAAGCAAGGAGGUUUAACUUCUAUUGAGAUGUAAAGUGCAGAGUUAGUUAAGCUACAUUCUAUUUCUAUUUUUUUUUUCCCCUCUUUUUGGCUGAAACCUGAACUAAACUGCAGGAAUGGAAUUUGUUAAUUUGUGAGCUGUUGAGCGCUCUUAACUUUAAAUAAUAAAACAAAAAAUGGCUGCUAGAAUGCAA